CGGGCCACCUCCACACCCGACGUCAAGGCCCCUUGGGAAGUGAGCAUUAGAUUCAGGUGCCUGGCAGAAUGAUUGCCGUACAACAUGGCCGCGCCAACGUCGUUUCCUUAUGUUGGGAGCGGCCAUCUUGGACCUUGCGCCGCCGUUUUGGAUCGUGCGCCGCUGGGAGAGUGAGGUGGCCAUUCCGACUGACGAAGCCGAAAAGGUGUGGAUUCAAUGGCUUCUUUCUCUUCAAGAUUUUUCUUCUCCGGCUCUUCCAUCUCCUCAGCUGCUGCCAGCACCGUCGCGCCUGCUCAGGAGCAUUUCAGCGCUCUAGCCCCCAGCCUUCCGACCUGACUGGGGAGCGAAACCCACCAGAGAGCUGGCCUGAGCGGAGGCCGGCCGCGCCGUCUCGUCGCCUCUGGAUGUGCUUCGCGAGGAGAGACGGCGGCGAGCGGGUCUCUAUCAACUGUCCUUGUUUAUGGAUCCUGUUUUCCUGCUUCUCUGCACAUCUGGGAACAGGAGGGGAAGAGAGCAAGAAUCAAGAGGUAAGCAAAGAAGUAAGAAAAUUACAGGACAUGAAAAAUGGUAUGGAGGAAGUGAUGGAGUAGCAGUAAGUCAAUCUUAAAGUAGUCAUCCACAAGGGAAAACAGAGGAUAAGAAUGAGCAAUGUUAUGCAAAUAACUAGAUGGAGACUAUUGCAAGAAGAGGGAACAGCAAAUGCAAAACCCAGAAAACUGAUCAAGAAACAUAAGGGAGGUUGGCAUAACUGAACUCUCCUGAGUUUGAGUGAAAUAGAAACAGCUAAGUUUGGAAAGGUAGGUAGAAUCAAGAGCAUAAAGAUCUUUUAGACUUUCUUAAAGACUGGAUUUUCUGCUAAGAACAAUGGCAGUAAGCAACCAAAAAUUUGGGGGGCAGAAAUACAACAUGUUUGAAUUGAUAUUUUCAAAUGGUCACAUGACUCAUACAGAGAAUGAAUUGGAGAAAUAAACUGUUGAGGCAAUGGAAGAGUUUAGGCAAGAGAUAACAAUAACUUCAGCAUGAAUGACUGACUACCAUGGAGACGGAAAAAUGUACAAACACAAAGUACGUAGUAUGGAAGAGGAAAAGGCAGGUAUAGAAGAGAGAAGAUAAGCCCUACCAUCAGAAAGAAUGCUGAAGGCAUAAAAGGGAAGAAUCAAGGAUAGUUCUUCAAUAUGCGGCUUAAGCAUGUAUGUAGGAGCUCAUGCCAUUUAAUAAGAUGUGGAAGAAUAAGGACGUGGGUUCAGCAUUUGUGGUGAAUCAAGUGCUCCAUUUUGAGGUAUACAACGGGUGUGAAAUGAUAAAUACAUAUUCAAGAGAGAAUAGGAGGUAUCCAGUUAUGUCUGUGAGUAUGGAGAAAGUCCUAGACUUAAGGUAACAAUUUUAAGUCAUGAGUAUAUAAAUGAUUGAGUAGAGAAAGAGGAGGGCCCAGGACAAAGGGAUUCUAAGUUUUAGAGUUUGGGGACAGGGAUAUGCAGAGAACAUGAAAAGCCCAUCCAAAGACAUCACACCAUAUCUACACUGAUCAAACAAGGGAGCAACAUGGAUUUUAGUAACAAAGGGUUAGAACUGGGAAAUCAGAAUGUAGGAUUCAUAGCAUCUGAUUCCAAGAUUACCAAGUAAAAAUUCAAUAAUCACCCACUAAAUUUUUCUCCUCUCAUUCCAACUACACACCAAAAUUAAGCUCUCCUAAAACACCAAUCACCUAUUUAAUACUGUAGUUAAUACUCUCCUUUCUAUGUAGGUGUGAUAAAACCUCACAUGAUCCAGUAUAUCCAAGAGAAUUUUUAAAAUUCAUCCCUGGGCCAUCUACCCAUAUGCCAUGUACUGAUUGGGAGAAAUAUCCCCUUCUUUGGUCAUAGUGUAACUGUACUGAGAGCUGCCCCAUCAGGCUUUCGGCAGUGAUGGAAAUGUUCUACACUGGGUUUUCCAACGUGGUGGCCACUAACCAUGUACGUCUGCUGAGCACUUGAACAUGGCUAGAAGGACUGCAGAAAUAAAUUUGUAAUUUUCCUUAAUGUUAAUUACAUUUAAAUUUAAGUAGCCCCCAUGUGGCCAGUGGCCAACACACAGGUAUAGCCCAUAUCCUAUAACUGCCAUUAUAAUGUAUUUAAUAAACUCAUCUCCAAAUGUUCUACUUUCCACUAAUGCCAGAGUUUUCCUUAAACUCUGUUCCUACAUCAUCUCUGGCACCCAUCUGAGAAGAGAUUCUGAAAAAUCAUUCCCUAUCCAGGACUAAAACAUUCAUCUGCCUUAUCUUCCAUUUAUUCUAGAACUCCAAGGUAUAUUUUCCUAUCAUUAUAAUGUUACCACACAGCUAUCAAGCAAAACUCUCCAGAACUAGCCAAGAAAGACAAGACAAAACCAAAUCCACACUUUCUGAGCCAACGGUUAACGUAAGAUCCAAUGUAAUCAGCCAUUUUCUUAGACAGUUUCCUACAGGCCGAUCUAUUAACAGUCUCCCACUUUGCUUUCCUCAUUUCCAUCUUCAGAAUCUUCUUUUUAUAUUAUUGUUGACCAACAAGGCCUUCUAUCAUUUUUAUUUAAAACUCAGCUCUCUUGGAAUUCCCUUGGUGGCUCAGUGGGUUAAGGAUCUAGUGUUGUCACUGCAGCGGCUUGGGUUACUGGUGUGGCACAGGUUUGAUCCCUGGCCUGGGAACUUCCACAUGCUGAUAGCACAGCCAAAAACAAAACAAAACAAAACAAACAAACAAAAACACCCCAGCUCUCUUUCUUGCAGAAAUUACUUUAUUAUGCUCUCAAAAAAAAAAAAAAUUUAAAAACCCUACAACUUUAUCCUCUCUGUAACACUUUAUCAAAGCUCAGUUUUCUCUGAUUUUGUAAAGGUCUUUGUCUCUACCUCAUAACCAAAUGUUAAAAAUUUCAGAAUAUUAUGCACCUAUGUCAACCCUUCCCAACAGAGACUUGUACCCUUGGAAGGUGUUUCCAUAUUACAUUACAUCUGAAUCUCACUUGGGGCAUAUGAGAGUGGUGGUCCUUCAACUGCAGGGGUCAAAGCAGCAUAGCCUGGCAAGCCUUUCAAAAACUUCAUGGGCCCGAGGUCACUCCCCACACGUGGCAAAUCAGAAGCUGAAUCUCAAGAGACAAAGCCUAGAGUUGGAAAAGGCUCCCACAUAGUUUACACAUGUCCCUGAUGAAAAAACAAAAUUGAAACCCUAAUGAGGAGUUCCCGUUAUGGCUCAGUGGUUAACAAACCUGAUUAGCAUUCAUGAGGAUGUGGGUUUGAUCCCUGGCCUCACUCAGUGGGUUAAGAAUCUGGGGUUGCUGUGAGAUGUGGUGUAGGUUGAAGACAUGGCUCGGAUCUGGUGUUGCUGUGGCUGUGGUGUAUACAGGCUGGUGGCUACAGCUCUGAUUGGACCCCUGGCCUGGGAACCUCCAUAUGCUGCAAGUGCCGCCCUAAAAAGCCAAAAAAAAAAAAAAAAAAAAAAGAAUAAGAUUCAGAUCCUUUUCUCUUUAUGGAGAAAGCCUCAUACCAACCAGGAAAACAAUAAAAUAUAUGGUCAUGACUGAGUUAAUGCAUGUAGAUACAAAAGAGAUAGGAAGUCAGGAAACAGGGAGUUCUGAGUGUGCCCUGGAAUUUCUUGGACAGGAAGGGAAAGUGUAAAAAAGUGAAAGAAGACAGUAUCUGAAUGUAAAAAAAUGCAACGCAAUCAAAUGCCCAGAUGCCCUCAGGUUGUUAGACACCAUCUGUUGCAUUCAGUAAAACAGAUCACUUCCUCCUUGGAAUGAUUCUGUCACUUAUUUCUGGGACAUCUUCUGACCCUUUUCCUACCAUAACCCUGAUACUUCUUUUUAUAUUUGGCAGGGUUCUUAUCUUCUCAACCUCAAAAAAUAAAUGUGCAGAGUUCCCUUGUGGUGCAGUAGGUUAAGAACCUGGCGUUGUCACUGCAGUGGCUCGGGAUCGCUGCUGCGGCUUGGGAUCAGUCCCUGGCCCAGGAACUUUCACAUGCCACAGGUGUGGUGAGAGAAAAACAAAAACAGAAUCUGAAAGGUGGGGACACAGAGGGUGACUCAGUAUAUGGGGUGCCCUGCGAGACGAGGUGUGUGUGGUUUUCAGAUGAACGAAGGUGAGCUGGGCUGCCAGGGAGGGCUACUGGCCUUUCAAAGGGGGCAGGGACAUUCCAGAGGUAAGGAGAGCGUGAAGUGCAAAGCGCACUGUGUAUCUAGUGAGGGCAUCUCACAGCAGGUAAGGUGGAGAACAGGAAGUGAGACCCCUGCAGAAGGAGACAUGGGGAAGGCGUGACUGAACACGCGGGAGGAAUGGAACCGGGUUAAGACAUCAAGGUCCUGGAUGAGACCAACUGCAAUCAGAGCCAGAAAAUUCAAAAAAGAAAGACAUCUAAUGGCAGGCAAAGAAGAACAGCCCUAAUGAAGAGCACCAAGAAAGGUGUUCGGUUGCUGGUCACCAACUGGUAUAAGGAAAGUUCUCGAGACAACGUUUCAAAAGUGUCAACCUUUCACUGACCAGCUGGAAUUUUUAGGUCAUUUCUCCCCAUUUUCUUGGUUUUCACUC